AUGAGGCAACCCACGAGCAAACCGAACGCCAGAUAUGUCAAGAAGGAGCACGCAGUCACCUAUAGCACCACGACUAAUAUUCAGAGCAUCGAAAACGCGCUUCAAAAUGCCAAGAACCUUCCAGUGUCAAGCAAAGCGCUCGGUGCGUCGUACUACGGAACCCCAGGCAUCAUGACAGAUGCGCCAGUUGCAUGGCAAGGUGGAUUUUCAGGCGGGUCAGUUAUUGGAAGCCACGAAUACGACAGGAAUAAGGCGUCGGGUCAGAAUGAAAAAGGGCUUUUGUAUUCUGAGUCGGGCGAGACCGACGUCGUCGUCUCUGUUCGCGACUUAGGUUUCAGUGCGGUACCUUGGUCAACACACCCCUCGUGCAGCCCCAGACCCAACCAAAGCGAUGUAUCCAAUCACAUGCCCUGUAAAGAGCAUUUGGUGAAGCAUAUCCAGUCAUCUGCCCAGAUAGAGGAUGAGAUUCGACACAAAAUCGAGAGCAGUCUUAGCUGGAGUCAAAUGGACCAGGAGGAAUACCUUCCAGUCGAUUCAUUUGAGAAGAUCUUUAACAUCGAAACCAUGAUUUCUCUCAUCCAAACCAUCUACCAGGAUGCGACCGACGAUGAACUAACUCACAAGGCUGGCCAGAUCUGGGGUGGUGAUACGGGUAGCCGGCGAAGGAUCAUUGCCACGCUGGUCUUCAUGAAGCAGACGAGCCGCAUCGAGGAAUUUAUCCAGGAAAACAUCUUCGAUCAUCAUUUGCCACUGCGCCAUGAGGGGAAGAGGAAGAAAGAGUUCAGAACCCUUGUUGGUGAUGACCGCGUCAACACGACACUGUUCCAAAAUUGGGAGCGCGUUCACGUCGAUAUGUUCUAUAUGUACCAGAAAAUGAUCUUCGUCCCAUUCUUGAGCAUAGGAAAUGGCACUCUAUGCUCAUAUGUAUUCGAUCGUGGCGUUAGGCUUCCUUGGAAUAAAUUUGAGCAAAAGAGAACUGGUGGGCACGGCACAAUCCAUAGGCUCGAGAUUCACCAGAGCCACCACGAUUACAAAGGAAACAAUGCCCCAGGGAGACCGCCGUGUUUUGCAGUCAAGGAGAUUAAUGGUGCUGACCACGAGUCUUAUCGCAAGGAGCUUAGAGCCCUCGAGCAUUCUUGCGCCAAGGUACAGAAGGAGAAACAUCUGAUAAAGCUACUUUUUACUUUUCAGCAUGGCAACAAGCCAUAUCUUGUAUUUGAAUGGGCAGACGGUAACCUGGAGGAAUUCUGGGAAAAACGACAGGUUGAAUCAUCUCCCUUGGCGACAAAGUGGAUGGCACAUCAAUGCCGGGGCAUUGCAAAUGCCAUCAAACGAAUUCAUGGACUCGCAACAUGGCAGAAAAAUGAGAGGUCGUCAAAUCCCAACUUUCAAGAGACGUUUGUCAAAGAUUGGGGGCGACAUGGCGACAUCAAGCCGACUAAUAUCUUGUGGUUCUCAACCCACGGAGAAGAUCGGGAUCACCUCGUUGUUGCCGACUUGGGAUUAACCCGAUAUCACUCCAGCCUCACAAAGUCACGCGUGAUGAGAGUGGACGGCUAUACCGGGACCUACCGAGCUCCCGAAAUCGACCUUGGCAGCCCCAUUUCUUCCAAGUAUGACAUAUGGUCCCUCGGAUGCGUUUUUCUCGACUUUUGCAUUUGGUAUCUACUUGGGUAUGACGAAGUCAAGAACUUCCAGAGAGCCCGCAAUCUCAAUCGCCCGUCAGAUAAUGUGGACGACACACAAGAACCUGAUCAUAGUUACUUCGUGACUUCGCAUAUGCUUCAUGGGGGCAAGCGAGCUGAGCUCCACCCAGCUGUGCAGAAGUGGGUCAAUAAACUGAGGAGUUCAGCCUCCUGUACAAGCUUCGCCGGCCAGAUGCUGGAUCUGAUCAUGGAUCGAAUGCUCGUUAUUGAUCCUAAAAAGAGACACUCCAUCGACAUUAUUUCUUCAGAACUGUCACGUAUUGAAGCCUUGCUGCGAGAAACAUCUGGAGGCCGCGCCCCGUUCCCAGGUACUACGAACACAUCCUAUCAGUCAAAGGAGCCAAAGUCUUCCAAGGAUUCUCUCCAAGUGCCAGUAUCUCCUGCAAGUUUGGUCAGAUUUGCAGAAGGAAACUUUAUUAUCCCUGACAGUAUGGUGUCAAGUGUAUAUUCUCGAGAACGAGCGUUGUCCAUCACAUCUAGCGAUGCAGAUUCAUACGACGGCUCAUGGAACGACCAGAGCACGGCCGCUACCAGUGUGUUUGAUGAUGAACCAAAUGAGCAUACCCUAAGGCCGAAUGUGACGACAUCCUAG